AAAUUCAUGAAAUAAAAAAAGGAGCAAAAAUCAGGGAAAAAAGGACAGGCGUGAAAGCUUUCUCAGAUAAAACCCCUUGCUUGAUUUCUUCUUUGGUUAGCCUCCCAUUCCCUCACACCCUUCUCCUUUUCUCUAUAUUUUCAGUGCCGCAGAUUGAGAAAAAAAAUUGAAAAUACUGUGGGCAGAUAUGAUGUUGAGUGCAAGAUUUAGUCUUUUGAGUAUGUUUUGAAGAUAAUGAGCAAAGACUUUAGUGUCUUCUUCUCAGAAGAAGAUGGUUUCUCAUUUUCAAGAACAAGAAUUCCUUGUACAAAAUCCGAUUUUCGAUGCCCUUUAUUGUCAGGAAGAGCGUUUUGAUGAAGUUUCGGGAGUUGGGUUUGACUUUCAAUCGUCAAAAACUGAGGAUUCUAACGAGAUUCAUAAAAAACGCUUAGUUUUUUUAUUUGAGCACGACCGAUUUUGGGAGGAUGACGAGCUGGUGACCCUCUUGUCCAAGGAGAAAAAACAGGUCCGUUUGAGUUAUAAUGAAAUGAACUCAGAUGGAUCUUUAAUAAUGGCGAGAAAAGAGGCUAUUAAGUGGAUGUUAGAGGUGAUUACCCACUUUGGAUUCACUGCCACGACUGCUGUUUUAUCUGUGAACUAUUAUGAUAGGUUUAUUACAAGCCUUUGUUUUCAGAAAGAUAAGCCAUGGAUGAGUCAAUUGGCUGCUGUUGCUUGUCUUUCUUUAGCUGCCAAGGUGGAGGAAACUCAAGUCCCUCUUCUUCUGGACCUCCAAGUGCAAGAAUCCGAGUAUGUGUUUGAAGCGAAGACUAUUCAGAGAAUGGAGCUUUUGGUGCUUUCUACUCUCAAAUGGAAGAUGAAUCCUGUGACUCCAAUUUCGUUCUUUGACCAUAGUUUAAGGAGAUUUGGAUUGAUGACUAACCUACACUGGGAGUUUAUGAGGAGGUGUGAGAGUUUUCUUCUGUCAAUCAUCACUGAUCAUAGGUUUGUGCAUUAUGUGCCAUCUAUUAUUGCUGGCGCAACAAUGGUAUAUGUGAUUCGAGAGAUUGAGCCUUGUAAUGCAAUGACGUACAAAAAUCAACUAAUGGAUGUGCUAAGAAUCAGCGAGCAGGAAUCUAUUGACGAAUGCUCUAAACUUAUCGGGGAGGUAAUGGAUAGUGAUGACAACAAGCCCUGUCUCAAACGUAAACGGAAGUCUGUGCCAAAUAGCCCACACGGUGUCAUCAAUGCAUAUUCUAGCUCUGAUAGCUCUCAAGAUUCAUGGGUCAUCUCAUCACCCGUUUCAUCAUCUCCUGAACCUUUGUUUAAGCGAAGCAGAGCUCGGGAUCAGCACAUGAGACUAGCUCCCCUAAGCAGUGUGUCUGUAGGUGUGGGUAGCACCCCUCAUUGAAUUCUCAUUCUCUAAUUUAUCUAAUAUUAGCUGUGGUACCUCAUGAUCUCUCUUUUAGCUAUGGGUUCUUGUCAUAAUUCAAUGCAAUUAUAUGACGUUCUAUUAUUUCUUACUGUAUUUCUGGCCAACCCCAUGUGAUGAAUCAGACAUUUGUUGAACAAUUGACUCCACUACCUCUUUGAUUGGGAAUGGAGAGUGAGAUUGGAAAGAGAGAUUAUUGGCUUUUAUUUUUCUUGA